UUUUCCAGACUUUCCUGAAAGUCAUGGCUUCGAGAUUCUUCGAGGGCCGGCUCGUUCUGGUGACGGGAGGUGGCAGCGGCAUUGGAAGAUGCGUCUGCCACGCCCUCGCCCGUGAAGGGAGUCGGGUCAUCGUGGCCGACAUUGACUUGAACGCGGCGGAAGCUACUCUCGGGUCAUUGCCGGGUACAAACCACAUAGCUCUUCAGGUGGACGUGGGUGAAUCGAAGUCCGUGACUGCUCUUUUUGAGAGCAUCUCCAAGCUGUGUUCCCAGCCUGCGAGCAUCGUGAUCAACUGUGCUGGCAUGGGAAUGAAGACCACAGAUCUCGUGGACUUGACGGAGAAAUGUUUUGACGAUAUUAUCCGAGUAAAUACUAAGGGCACAUUUCUGGUGAACCAGGCAGCGGCACGGGCAAUGACAGCCGGGAGCGUUCGCGACGGCGCCAUCGUCAACAUAGCGAGCUUGGAGGCCACGCAAUGCAGCCCCGGCUGGAGCGCCUACGCAGCGGCCAAGGCGGGCGUCGUGGCGCUCACCAAAGUGGCGGCGAAGGAACUGGCCUCGCUGGGAAUCCGCGUCAACUGCGUCCUGCCGACGGUCACGGACACGCCCAUGUCCGCACCGGGAAAGCACACCGAAGAAAGGAAGAAGUUGCUGGAGUCCAUUCCUCUGAAGAGAUCCUGCCGCCCGGAGGAGGUGACCGAGGUCAUCCUGUUCUUGUGUGGCCCGGGAAGUUCUUUUAUGACGGGCGCUGCAGUGGAUAUCUCGGGUGGGCUGUAA